AUGCUGUCCCAGAUUGCCCAGAGAGGUGACAUGGAGAGCGUGAACCCCAGUUUCGUGACCGUAGCCCCGAGCACGACGGAUCUCCUGGGAACAGAGUGCAACACUACUGAGGGCACCUGGGAAACCACAUCUUCUGUAACCAGCACCUGGAUAGGAGAGAAAACAGAUGACUCCAGUACCUCCAUCCUCGUGGGCUGCCUUGUGGCUAUUAUUCUUCUGCUCCUGAUGAUUAUAAUCAUUAUUCUCUGGAAGCAAUAUGUUCAAAAAAGGUUGGAAAAGGCCCCACGUCGAAUCCUAGAGGAGGAUGCUACAGUUCGCCUCUCCUUCUACAGCUACACCAUUGCCAACAACCAGACCCAGAUCCACCAGUCAAAUCCCACCUAUGAACGUGCUUUCCCACUGGAUUUGGAGUAUCACCAGCCAGCCACGCUGCUCCAAAAGCUUCCAGAGCUCUCCCAAAGUGCAGAGGAUUCAGUGUGCAGUGGGGACUAUGCUGAGCCUGACCUGACCAAGUCCACUCCUCACCAAGGCUUUCAGAACAACGUCCCUCACUAUGCUGAAACAGAUAUUGUCCACCUGCAAGGUGUGACUGGCAACAACAUGUAUGCAGUCCCAGCCCUCACUGUGGAUUCACUCACCAAGAAGGACAUCUCAGUGGGGGAGUUUCCACGGCAGCAGCUACGACUGAAGGAGAAGCUGGGAGAGGGACAGUUUGGAGAGGUGCACCUUUGUGAAGCUGAUGGUCUGCUGGAGUUCCUGGGAGUCUCCUCUACAGAAUUUACUCACCAGCCCGUUCUUGUAGCAGUGAAAAUGCUGAGAUCAGAUGUCAACAAAACAGCCAGAAACGAUUUCCUGAAGGAGAUCAAGAUCAUGUCCCGGCUGAAGAACCCCAACAUCAUCCGGCUGCUGGGGGUGUGUGUGCGUGACGACCCGCUCUGCAUGAUAACUGAGUACAUGGAGAAUGGGGACCUCAACCAGUUCCUCUCACAGAGGGAGAUCUACAGCAAAUUUGCCAUUUCAAACAACAUCCCCUGCGUCAG